GUGUUUACGGAUGAAUGAAGAUGUAGAUAACAAUAGCUUGUGCAAUGAGCACUCCUAAAUGUCAACCAAAUAAAUUUGACCCCACGUGUUGUAUUUUCAAGAAUGGAUAAGUUCUGUGGUGGCGAACAGUUGUGGAACACAACUCUGACCUGGGGAAACUCCCAGACAUACCCUAGCUUUACAGAAUGUUUCCAAAACACCGUCCUGGUUUGGAUCUCUUCUGGCUGGUUGCUGCUAGCAUCAUUAUUCUACAUGCCAAAACUACUGUCCUUACCACGACGACCACUGCCGAAUAGUCGUCUUUAUCUUGCAAAAUUGGUUCUUGGAAUUCUUCAGAUUAUAAUCAUCGUCAUUGAACUGGUGUACGGAGCAUCAGAACUGAACAGAAAACAUGAGACAUACUUUCAGGCAUAUUUUCUUGGACCUUUUAUUGAAGGUCUUUCAUUGAUACUGGUUCUAGUAUAUAUUGAGUUGGAGCGAAGAAAAGGGCAGAUAUCAUCAGGCAUUAUAUCUGUAUACUGGACCUUGGCGAAUAUUACUUACAUCAUUCCAUUCUACAAGAAACUUUUUGAAAAGGAAUACAGCACCUUUCCCCUCGGAUUUGUGGUUUUCAACAUUUACUUCCUGCUGAGUUUAAUACAGCUAGUUUUGUGCUGUUUUGUGCAUCAUAUACCUGCAGGUCAGGGAAAGAAGCCAUGCCAAGAAUCCAGAGUUUCUUUUUUCUCAAGAAUAUAUUUCCAGUGGAUUCAGAGCCUUGUUGUUGCCGGUUACAAAAAACCUUUAGUGGAAGAUGACAUGUUUACUUUAAACACUGAAGACCAGUCUGCAAAUGUGAUAAAGCCCUUUGAAAAGAUUUGGAAAGAAGAGAAAACAAAGUUCUUGUUAAAGAAGAGACCCAAAAGAAGAUCUUUUAAUGGUGCCAGAUCUGUGCAGUUUGAAGUCGGAGGGAGUUCUUCAGAAUUUGAAAUAUCCGAGACAACCCCGCUGUUAACUACUACCUCUUCUGGUGGAGCGUCUAAUAAGAAAAAGCAAAAUGCAGGAGUCUCUUUGUACAAGGUUAUUUUUCGGACGUACGGUCUUGAUUUGUUACUUAGUAACAUUUGGAAGCUAUUUUACGACCUCCUGGUGUUUGUAAAUCCAUUCCUUUUAAGGUUUUUGAUAGACUUUGCUGAGGACAGCGAUCAGCCACAGUGGAAGGGAUAUGUCUACAGUGCGGGCUUUAUAGUGGUUAUCAUCCUACAGAGCUUGUUUUUCCACAACAUGACUCAUAAAACUAUGACUCUUGGAAUACGAGUUAGGUCCGCUUUGAUAUCUUCAAUAUUUAAAAAGUCACUCACAACAAACAAUCAAGCACGAACAGAAUCAACGACCGGAGAGAUUGUUAAUCUUAUGUCAGUUGACGCUGAACAUGUGAAGGACCUGUGUGGCUACAUCUGGGGAAUUUGGUCCUGCCCCUUACAGAUAAUCCUCUCCCUCAUCUUCCUGUACUUCACUGUCGGGUAUUCCAUGUUUGCUGGGCUUGGAGUAAUGGUCCUGCUUGUGCCGUUGAAUUGGUUUAUAACGACGAAACUUCAGGGUUAUGAAGAAAUGCAAAUGGCAUUUAAAGAUUCAAGAAUUAAGUUGAUGACGGAAAUCUUGAACGGAAUAAAGAUUUUGAAGUUAUACGCAUGGGAGAUAGCUUUUGGAGAGAAAGUAACAAAGAUAAGAGGAAAGGAAUUAAACGUUUUGUUAAAACAGCAACUGAUGUACAGUGUGACUACAUUCUCUUGGACUGUUGCCCCAUUUGCCGUCGGUUUGGCCACGUUUGCAACCUACAUCUUCACGAAAGAUGACCACAGGUUCGAUCCUCAGACAGCUUUCGUGGCCAUGACGUUGUUUAACAUAUUACGGUUUGGACUCAAUGUUGCACCUAUGAUAGUUAUGGAGCUCAUUAAGAGCACUGUGUCAAUAAAAAGAAUACAACACUACCUCAACUCGAAUGAUAUUGAUACCACAUGUGUCCAACAUGUUUCUGAUGGUAAAAACGCAGUUUCCAUUCGGAACGGAACAUUUUCUUGGGACAACAAAAUUGGCCCUUGUCUAAAACAAAUUAAUCUGGAUAUCCCACGGGGAAGUUUAGUUGCGGUUGUUGGCAGCGUAGGAGCAGGAAAGUCCUCACUAUUGUCAGCAAUUCUUGGUGAAAUGGACAAGGUCACAGGGACAGUUAAUGUCGAUGGAUCACUUGCAUACGUUUCCCAGCAGGCUUGGAUACAGAACGCAUCAGUGAAAGACAAUAUACUAUUUGGAAAUGCUUUAGACGAAACUCGGUAUGACAAAGUAGUGGAGUCGUGUUCUCUUAAAAGUGAUCUUGACAUUCUACCAGCGGGUGACGAUACUGAAAUUGGUGAAAAGGGUAUCAACUUAAGUGGUGGCCAGAAACAGAGGGUUAGUGUGGCGAGAGCGGUUUACUUUGACAACGAUAUAUACAUCCUGGACGAUCCCUUAAGCGCAGUUGAUUCACAUGUUGGAAAGCAUAUUUUUGAAAAUGUUGUUGGAAAAGAUGGGCUUCUUAAAGAAAAGACGCGAAUUCUCGUUACACACGGGAUUCACUGGCUGCCUUCAGUAGACAGGAUCAUUGUGCUGACACAGGGUCGAAUAUCGGAGGUCGGGUCGUAUGACCAGUUGAUCGAGCACGAUGGGGCUUUCGCAUCCUUUUUGAGAACCUAUCUGACUGAACAUGCUGAGUCAGACUCUGAGAGUGAAGAUGAGGAAGUUCACGACUUCAAGGUCACCAUGCUACAACGACUCUUAUCAAUACACUCAGAUGACGAUGUGCCACCAAAGCCUGUUAUCAAACGGUCGAAAUCCCAGCGGACGUCUGAGUCUGUGGCUACACUAAAGAAUACAGAAGCGUCCACGGGGUCCGAAGUCAAAAAUGGACUUGGAGAUAAAGCUAAACUUAUAGAUGAGGAAGAGGUGGAAGUUGGAAAUGUUAAGUGGGGCGUUUAUGCACAAUAUGCAAGGGCCAUUGGACUCAAGUACACUUUUGUUAUUAUUGGCAUGUAUUGUGUCUACGAAGGGUUAUCGAUAUUUGCUAGUGUUUGGCUAAGCAACUGGACCUCCGACCCCGACUUACAGGAUGUAGAACACUACCCGCCUGACAGUGAAGCUAGGAGAGAAUUAAACGAUUACUAUCUUUCAAUUUAUGGUGAAUUAGGUAUUGCACAAGGUAUCGCUGUGUUUAGCUAUGCCAUCAUUCAGGCCUUUCGAGCAGUCCGUGCCUCCAAACAUCUGCACCGCAACAUGUUAAUGAGUGUUUUGCGUGCUCCAAUGUCUUUUUUCGAUACAACUCCAGUUGGUCGAAUUGUUAAUAGGUUCUCGCAGGAUGUUGAAUCUGUGGAUAUGUCUCUACCGGAGCACUUGGUCGAUGUUAUCUACAGCGUCUUCUCAGCUUGCAGCAUCUUUAUUAUAAUCUUGUACAGUACGCCUAUCUUUGUCACUAUCAUCGUGCCAAUUGGUUUUGUGUACAUUUGCAUUCAGAGAUUUUACAUCCCAACAUCACGUCAACUCAAGCGAUUGGAAUCCAAGACAAGGUCGCCUAUCUACAGUCACUUUGGGGAGAGUCUAUCUGGCGUUAGCACCAUCAGAGCAUUUGGCGUUCAGGACAGAUUUAUACUGGAAUCUGAAACAAGACUUGAUUGCAACCAAGAGUAUGCCUAUGUGAAUAUUGUUGUGAAUAGAUGGCUUGGUAUACGACUAGAGAUUCUCGGAGCCUUUGUUGUUCUAGGAGCGGCUUUGUUUUCUGUACUUGAAAGGGAAAACAUCAAUAGUUCGAUCGUCGGACUGUCCGUAUCGUAUGCACUUCAGAUUACAGACAAUCUAACGUGGCUUGUUCGAAUGGUGAGCGAGUUUGAAACCAACAUUGUAAGCGUCGAGAGAAUCGCACAGUACUCCUCUAUAACAACAGAGGCUUCCUUGCACACAGACGAGUAUUUGUCGGAAGACUGGCCUUCUAAGGGAGAAAUUCAGUUGUGUUCCUACUCCACCCGAUACAGAGAGGGCCUGCCUCUUGUUCUCAAAAGUUUGGACGUGAAUUUCAGUGCUGGGCAAAGAAUCGGUAUUGUCGGACGAACUGGUGCGGGGAAAUCCUCACUGACUCUGGCCCUCUUCCGUCUGAUAGAGCCCUCUAGCGGGAAAAUCAUCAUUGACGGCAGAGAUGUGAGCAGGCUUGGACUGGCGGACCUUCGGUCUAGGCUUACAAUAUUGCCGCAGGAGCCGGUGUUAUUUUCCGGCAGUCUGAGGAUGAAUCUGGACCCAAUGGAUGAGCAAUCAGACUCCGAUGUUUGGGAUUCACUUGAACACGCCCAUCUUAAGACAUUUGUUGAAGAACUGCCCACACGAUUGGAGUACGAAGUUGGCGAGGGAGGACAGAAUCUGAGCGUUGGCCAAAGACAAUUGGUUUGUCUAGCGCGAAGUCUGCUACGUAGAGGCAAAAUUCUGGUGUUGGACGAAGCAACAGCUGCCGUAGAUUUGGAAACAGAUGCGCUCAUUCAGGAUACCAUUCGGCAAGAAUUCAAAGAUUGCACCGUUCUCACCAUUGCCCAUCGACUUAAUACAGUCAUUGACUAUGAUAGAAUCCUGGUUUUGAGCGAGGGGGAGGUCAAAGAGUUUGACAAUCCUCAGAACCUUCUACAAGAUACACGAUCCAUAUUUUACAGUAUGGCGAAGGACGCGGGACUUGUUUAAGAAAUUCAUAUUGAUAUUAUUACUUUUACUAACAUUUCAUCACUGUCAAAUAAUGCUCAAUCAAUCAUCUCAACAAUAAUCGAGUAGAUGUUUUAUUAAUCUAUCAUUGAUAGCACUUGGUUGCGAUAUCCAAUCAAUCUUCCCAGAAUUGUCUAGCACCAUUGGAAGAUUUGUCGCGCAUAAAUUCGACCUCUUAUAUAACAGGGACACACUUCAAGGUCACACUUUUAGGGUCAUCGUUGGACAGCAAAGACUUCAUAGUUCAGCCAAAAUAUAAUUUAUGAGUUCAAUUAAUCAUAGAUUUGCACUGCACCUUGUUAAAAAGCGUCGCGUCUAUAUGUUUCAUCUCAACAAUUAAGGUCACAUUGUGAGGUCAAGUUGCAUGUUACAACCGUUACAAUUGCAUAUUAUAUUUCAUAACAGUAUUUUGUGUUUUAGCCUACAUUUGAUUUUAAAUAUCAAGGAAAAUUUACAAUUUUCUCUAACUACAAUAGAAUAGUUUUAAUGCAUGACAGUUGUUCAUUCAUCAAAAGGCCGUGGCAACGUUCUGGUGUCAGUAUUCCAUAAUAUGGAUUCUUUAGCGAUUAUUCUUAUCCCAGCCAUAGCGUUUUCCUGUAAUAUUAUGAUUAAAAUCAAUGUUUUGUAGAGCACAAUUUUGCGGCAUUUGUUGAGAUAAUUGGAAUAUUAACAAAACCUUUUAUUUAACAUAAAUGUAUUUGUUAUAUGUUAAUGGAUAAUCGUCUGUCAGGGACAUUUGUCACCUUUUUGUGACAGCUCUUGAUAUUUUCUAUUUUUGUUUGGUUGUGAAAAUCGAUGUAAUACCGGUAGGUGUAUUUAUAUUUUCAGCAGCAUAUUAUUGUUCUUGUUUUUUUGCACGAACUUUUCAUAUACACAUAUAUGGUUAUUGCAAUGGACAGACAAUCCAGCGAUUCGAGUCCGAUUACUGGAAGUGGCGGACAUUUUAUAUGAAUAUAUACACCUUUGUCGUUCAUUAGCAGUCAUAGUGUAUCUACGGUGGGAUUCAGCAACUAUCUCCGUUGUUGGAUCCUUAAGUUACAAAUGUGCAUGUUUGUAUUCGUCUUUAAAGAAUUGCGAGCAUAAUUAUUGUACAGACAUUUGCUUUCAUUAACAGCUGACUAUUAUUUACGUUUUGAAAAACAUCACUUACUGAUUUUGUAUUUGUUUUUAUUGUAAUGCCAUUUAUGAGUGCUCAGAUUGUCCAAGGUUUUUAAAUGUGGUUGUAAUCUUUUACUAUUUGUCAUUUUUAUUUUAAUCAGCAAUUUAUAUACAAAAGAAAGCUUCGAACAAUAAAUGUUUGCGAACGCA